CGCCUUUCGUCCGGCUGCUCGCGGAGCGGGAACCACGGGGUCGAGUUGCCCGACAACGCCGUGACGAAUGUCAUUUGGAAGCUCGCUCACUAUCUUAACAUCGGCAAGGGCGUUGGUUUUGAUAUCAACAAUCCGCACCUCAAAGAACUGCAGAGGCUUGUGCCUUCGGCCCCCACAGUUGAGGUGCGCUCCACUCACGGUCGUUGCCCCCGGUGCCACAUUGCAGACCCCCAGAAGUGCGCCCUAAAGACAAGCAGCCGGGUGGCCUUCAAUGUUCAACGGCGCAAUGGCGGCAAGAUGGUUCUGGAAACCCGGUUCCGCGUUUACACCGUGGGCGCCGGGGUCCAGAACGCCUCCUUCUCGAAGGAAUACUACCCCAAGUGCGCCUUGUAUUUCCUCGGGCAGUGGCAGUGCGAGAAGCACGACAGAAGUAGCGGGCGAGGGACUUACGGGAAGAUGAUCAACAUCAAGCUCGUUUCGGGGUCCAGCUCCCUCAAGCAUUCCUUCGUUCCGCGCGAGAAGGCAUGGCGAGCCGUCGACGCGAAGCUAUUGCAGUUCCUCAAGGACGAGCUACACCACAGUGGGGGGACAUUCAAUUCCGCAGUUCUGGUAUGGAGCGAGCAACACACUGAGCUCGCGCAGCGAGGGCUGGUUCCUGGCGAAGACUUGACGCUUCUACGAGCCAAUGGCGUUCGCUUGGAGGACGCUUGGUACGCGCACCACGCUGCCCGCCUUGCCGGCGGCGCCGCAUCCGAACUCACGUGGUCUUUCACCAGGGGCGGCUUGGAGUCGACGUUGCUCGCUCUCGCGCCAGCCGUGCGCCAUGCCCGCGUCGAGCGCGCCGUUGAGCACGCCCGCGCUUGCCCGAAGUGUGCUGGCGAUCUCCUUGUCCUUCUGGGCGGGACUUACGGUGCGCGUCGAUUCGUAUGUGGCGGGCUGGACGGUUACGAAAACAUGGGCGCGCUGCAGAUGGAACUCUACGCGGGGUGUCUGAAGAAUGCCCCUGCCGGGCGAUUCUUCUGCGCUCAAUGUCAGACGGCGCGUGCUGGACAGAACAAUCUCAUCCCGCAGACGCAGAUUUGGGGCAUCGCUCCCGCGACCGCCCCUGACGGCGAAGUGUCUGCCCUGAAAUACUUGGCGCGCUGCUCGGAUCCAGACAAUCCGAGCGAGACCUUCGACGCCUUCCUGCCGAGGGCGGAAGUAUCACAAGAGCUGUUAGCAACCUGCGAGAAGCCUCUGCUUCCAGCAAAUGGAGACCAUGGGAGCAAGAAGGCGCGGCCUGCGUGGCUCAAAGGUGCGAAGCGCCAGCUUUGCCGCGGCUGGCUUGCGCUGGAGAAGGAACAGAAGCAGUCGAUCCUGGCCUGCGGCGUCGACGAGCUCCAGGGCUCCGACAAAGUCCGGAGAUGCACUGGCGGUAUUAUGACGGCCGUCGCGUCUUGCGGCUGGCUCAUGGAUUGGAUGGAGCUGACCCGCGGCGAAUCCAUCGAGGUCGUGUACGCCUUCGCCUUGCGGCUCCACAAGGCGCCUGGGACCUCGGCCGCGUCAUAUAUCGGGUGGCUCGGCUACGUCAACGCCUGCGAGUUGCUCUCCAUGGCACGCGUCAAGAAAGAUGGUUUUCUGCCGUGGACGAAAUCGCUGGCUGAGGAAGUGCGCAUUAUCCUGGACGGUUUCCACAGGGACAACCACGCGUGGUGUCUGAAUGCGCUCCGGGAAGUUGACCCGCUGCAGCCGGCGAACGUGAAGUUUUUGGCGUUGAAGAACACGGAGGCUUGCGAGCAGUUCAGUGCGUGGAUCAGCCCCCGGACGCGCAUGUGCCUCGAGAUGACGAGA